AUGCACAAUUGGGAGGUGCGGUUAAAGACACCAUCAUCAUCGAAAAUUAUCCCAUUUGAAUGCCCUCCACUGCAGAAUAUCACCUGUGAAAAUGGACCAAAAAAACCAGGGCUGGUAUAUGAUAAGUACGGGCUGCUGCAAAUAUUUGCAUGUGACUGUUUUUGUGAAGGCUGGGGUGACCCGCAUUACAACACAUUUGAUGGACUCUAUUACAGUUAUCAAGGAAACUGCACUUACAUAUUAAUGGAGGAAAUUAUGCCUCAAUACCAUUUGAAGAUCUACAUCGACAGUGUCUACUGUGACCCUGUUGAGCGUGUAUCCUGUCCCAGAUCUAUAAUUGUGUCUUACAACAAACUAGUCAUAACACUCACAAAUCACAAUCUAUUAGGUGGUGCAGACCUAGAGGCUUUUGUGAACAAUGUAAAGUUACGGCUGCCAUAUUUUCGUAAGGGUGUGAGAGUUAUAAGCUCAAGCCUAGACUUGAUGCUUAGUAUUCAACAGCUGGGUGUUAAUAUAACAUUUGGAGCUACUGGCUUUGGCAUCAAUUUGCCAUUCCAGCAUUUUGGGGACAACACUCAAGGUCACUGUGGAACAUGCAACAAUAACAAGGCUGAUGACUGCAUGAUCCCUGGAGGGAUCUUGGUGGACAACUGUGCAGUGAUGGCAGAUUACUGGGCAGCCAGUGGUGUGAAUAGUGAAAUUUGCACUCCACCAACUGCAUUACCUACUGCUGUAGGUAUUAGAAAAUCUACAUCUAAGCCAUGCCAGGCUCAUCAGGACUGCAACCUCCUCAAAAGCAAGUUGUUUGAAGCGUGCCAUUCCCAUAUACCCCCCAAAAAUUUCUUUUUAGCAUGUCAAUAUGACAGUUGUCAUAUGAGAAACCCUGCCUUGGUGUGUACCAGUCUGCAGACUUAUGCGAGGGCUUGCUCUCAAUUAGGCAUCUGCAUACACUGGAGGAACUACACUAACCUUUGCAAAAUUGAAUGUCCAGCAGAUAAAGUCUUCAAUCCUUGUGGUCCAGCUGAGCCACCAACCUGUGCUGAUAUACCUGAACAGAACACCAUUACAGUGUCCACAGAGGGCUGCUUUUGUCCUAAGGGCACAUUACUCUUCAACAAGAACACAGACGUUUGUGUGAAAAAAUGCGGAUGCCUGGAUGCCUCUCGAACACCACGUGAGUUCAAUGAGGUUUUCGAGUACAACUGUGAGGAGUGUAUCUGUAAUAAGGACAGCAAAUCAGUGACCUGUAAGCCCAAAAAGUGUUCAGAUGUCAACCCUGAGAUCUGCACUGAGCCCGGCUUUGUGCUGGUGAAUGUCACCAAUCCUUCAGACCCAUGCUGCAGUAAACAAGUUUGCAACUGUGAUGGCAGCAUGUGCCCACCUAUGAAUAAAAAGUGUCCAGUCGGACGUGACCCAGUCCCGAAAGUGCCUUAUGGAAAAUGCUGUCCAGAAAUCAAAUGCGAGCCAAAGAAAGUGUGCGUCCACCUAAAUAUGGAAUAUAUGCCUGGUACAAACAUCCCCGUCACUGACUGUCAGGAAUGCAUCUGUACGAAGGACGUGGAUCCUGAAACACAGUUGUUCAAGGUCAAAUGUGGAUCUGUGCAGUGCAAUGAGAAAUGUGAUCCUGGUUAUGAAUACAUUAAAAAUAACCUUAAUGACUGCUGUGGAAAGUGUGUGCAAACUCACUGCACUGUCAAUAUCAAUGGUGUCAAUCAUACAUUAAAGGAAGGAAAGACUUUGCCCUCUACAAAUCAGGGCUGUGAUAGAAUCACGUGUACUAAAGUUAAUGGACAGUUCAUCAUCAACAAAUACACAGUCCAGUGCCCUCCUUUCAACAUUUCCAACUGCAAGCCUGGCACUGUUCAGCGGUCACCCGAUGACUGCUGUCCUGUUUGUGUUGACCAAAUUAAGGGAUGUCAACUACAGACCAUUCGCAGUUACAUAAAACACAGAGACUGUCAGUCAGAGAAGAAAAUGGACCUGACAUUUUGUAGUGGAGACUGUACCAGUUCUAGCAGGUACAUUCAAGCUGGAAUGUCCUCUUGUACCUGUUGCCAGGCCACUCAAGCAAGUAAUCGCACAGUGAAUCUUGGUUGCGUAAAUGGAAACAUAGUGACCCAUACAUACAUCCAUGUUGAGAAGUGUGCCUGCAGCAGAGCUAACUGCCAUAGAGAGGACGUGGGCCAAACACUCACUUAAGACAACCAAAGAAAACCCAAAGGACUUCCAUGAGCAGCAGCGAAUCAUCCACCCAUCAUAAUCAAAAUCAUAACUUUAAUUGCACAUGCUUUGUUUAACAUUUCUUAAACGUGAUCUAUAGAGCUUUUCUUUUUUCUUUGUUUGAUAAAUAUGUACUCUUUUGCUUGCUUAAAAUGAGCAAUUAAAAAAGCAAUUAAAAAGGCAUUUUAAAACUAAAUGCAUGUUUAUUUAGUCGUUAAUUGAGAAUAUCUUUGUGUUUGUAUGUUUGUAUGGGGUUUGUGUUUAUUUACACAUAUCUAGCAUCUGGUCCUUACUUUGGUGUUCCUAGUGCCAUGAUCUACUGUUUGGGUUAGGGAAAUGCUUUAAAAAAUGCCCAAACUCUGUCACCAAAAUUGUAUGAUGUAGCUAAGUUGCUUUUAAUUGUUAACUUCUCCAAAGCACAUGAAUCACCUUGCAGAAAUGAUUUACUGCUCCUAUUUUUCUAUUUUAUAGUAGUGUUUGUUUAUGGACAGUCAUGGGACAGCUAUAGCAUGGCAGC